GAGUUUUAUGCUCAACAUCAUUCUCAUCACUUUGUAGGGAUGUGUCCGGCCCCUAGGCCGCCAGUUUUGUGAUGCAUGCCAACGCAUGCAUGUUGAAUGCAUCCCCUGCCCGAUAAAGAUUUCAAAUGUGGUCAAAAAAUCGAUCAGAGCUCGGGAGUGUCUGGAGGAAGUCAGGGCCUUGGCUUCAGGCGACCCCAGGUGUGUUGAGAUAGCACUGCUCCCUAAAACGCGAGAGUUCCUUUCAUAUCUGCAAUCGAGCCCCGGAGAUACAACUGGUCAGUCUAUGGCUGGUGCGAGAAUCCCCCAACCAUUUACUAUCGUUUCGCCGGCGGUGGUAUUGCCAACCACAACGCACAGAUGGGUAAACCAGGUGGGAACUGUUUCAGCCAACGAAGGAUCCUCCAUCGCAGUUCCACAGACAAACGGACUCGGGAAUAUUCCAGUUAUUAAUGAUCCUGCAGCCUUCUACCCACCUUCUAGCUUGGGAUUGUACGAAUACGUCGGGAACAUCGAUGAACCACCCCUCUUGGAUUUUGGUUCAGUCCCCUAUCCUUCUCAUGUUCCCAAUCCUGUAGCUAGCUCUUCCGCUAGUGAGUCUAUGUCCCAUAGCUCCGCUUCCCUCCUCGAGCAAAUGAUUCCCAUCCAAGAGAGGACAUUCAGCGGCGAAAAUUGGGGUUUUCUGACGCCAAACAUCUCGUACAGUACUGUUGCGGGGCCAUCUACUAUGCUUCGUUCACAAUCAGAGGCCUCAUCACACGAAACUCGUGGUGAGACUCUGGGAAAUGCCACUGCGAGUUGGAGCGAGGAUGCUGAGAGUUGCCUUGGAAAUCUAGCUUGGAGUAUGGGAUAUUACCUCAUCCCUCGCGGAGCGGCCAUUCCCGGUGGUGGUACUCUUGUAUAGGGGCAUUCAUCUGAGGGUUUUGAGGCGAUUCUGUGUAUCCUUUCUUGUAACGUCAUCAGUAGCUUGGGACUUUACGCUAUCAUGUAAGCACAGCGGUCGAAAGCAUGUCCAUUCAUCGCGAGUCU